GAUCUGGAUGUGUGGCGGACAGCUCCUUAUCAUCCCGUGCUCCAGAGUGGGACACAUCUUCAGGAAGAGACGUCCCUAUGGCUCCCCAGGGGGACAGGACACCAUGGCUCACAAUUCUCUGCGGCUGGCACACGUGUGGAUGGACGAAUAUAAGGAGCAGUUUCUGUCCCUGCGUCCUGAGCUGCGUGAGCGCAGUUAUGGCGACAUCAGUGAGCGCACAGCGCUCAGGAAGCGGCUGCAGUGCCGCUCGUUCCGCUGGUACCUGGACACGGUCUACCCCGAGAUGCAGGCUGUCGCCAAUGGCAACAAACAGCAGGCACUGUUUGUCAACAAGGGCCUGAAGAGGCCUAAAGUCCUGCAGCGAGGACGGCUCCGUAACCUAGCAACCAGCCGCUGUCUGGUGGCCCAGGGCCGUGUCAGCCAGAAGGGCGGGGCCGUCGUCCUGAGACCAUGUGACUCAAGAGACAGCGAGCAGGAUUGGACCUAUGAUGAAGACGGGCAGCUGGUCCUUGCAGGUCUUCUGUGUUUGGACGUCUCAGAGGUCAGAACUUCUGACCCCCCCAGACUGAUGAAGUGUCAUGGCUCAGGGGGGUCACAGCAGUGGAGCCUGGGG